CUGCUGUACGAUCAGGCCUCUGUUCGAGGGCACGCGACUUGACGCCACGCUGAGUGCAGGCAGCUUGGUGCUCACGACUGCCACUGCGGGACUAUGGCACCUAUACUCACCGGGCGCACGAAGCCCACCAAGCCCAAGAAGCAAGCUCGAGGGCAGAAGAGGAAGAGAGAUGAUGUCGAUGUCGAGACUCUGGAGGCUGCUGUCAAGGAACUGGAUCCCAAAAGCAGCAAAAUCGAGACCUUCGCCGAUCUACCGCUGUCCGAACCGACGAAAGCUGGUCUGAAAUCAUCUCACUUCAGCACACUCACCGAUAUCCAGUCGAAGGCGAUUCCGUUGGCAUUGAAAGGGCGCGAUAUCCUUGGAGCUGCGAAGACAGGUAGUGGAAAGACACUGGCAUUCAUUGUCCCCGUUCUCGAGAACCUGUACAGAGCGCAAUGUGUCGGAGCCGAUGCAGGGCUGGGUGCCCUUAUCAUCACUCCCACGAGAGAGCUCGCGAUCCAGAUCUUCGAGGUGCUUCGGAAAGUGGGAGGGAAAGGACAUCUCUUCUCAGCUGGGCUGGUAAUCGGAGGAAAGAGCGUUAGAGAUGAGGCGGAUGCUAUGUUGAGGAUGAACAUUCUGGUCUGUACGCCUGGGCGGAUAAAGCAGCACCUGGAGCAGACAGCAGGAUUCAAUGCGGAUAACCUGCAGAUGCUGGUCCUUGAUGAGGCGGACAGAAUUAUGGAUAUGGGCUUCCAGCAUGCCGUCGAUGCGAUCAUCGAAUAUCUGCCAAAGCAGCGGCAGACCAUGUUAUUCAGCGCAACGCAGAGCAAGAGAGUGUCUGAUCUGGCACGGUUGUCGCUCAAGGAUCCAGAGUACAUUUCUGUUCAUGAGGCAGCCUCCUCAGCCACUCCAGCGACGCUUCAGCAGAACUACGUUAUUACACCCCUCUCCGAGAAAUUGGACACGCUCUGGUCAUUCAUACAAUCAGCGAAGAAAAGCAAGAUCAUUGUGUUCCUGUCCGCGACAAAGCAGGUACGUUUUGUAUACCAAGCCUUCCGGCACAUGCAGCCUGGUAUUCCACUUCUGCAUCUCUACGGAAGAAUGAAAGAGACGACGCGUUUGGAGACCACUGAGAAGUUCUCGAGGGCCAAGCAUAGCUGUCUCUUCACCACCGAUGUUGUUGCGCGAGGACUGGACUUUCCGGCUGUUGAUUGGGUAGUGCAAGUUGACUGCCCGGAAGAUGCAGACACCUACAUUCACCGCGUCGGACGUACAGCACGAUACGAGCGGAAUGGACGUGCAGUGCUCUUCCUGGACCCCAGCGAGGAGGAAGGCAUGCUCACUCGACUGGAACAAAAGAAGGUGCCAAUUGAGCGCAUCAACGUAAAACAAAAGAAGCAGCAAAGUAUCAAAGACCAGUUGCAAAACAUGUGCUUCCAAGAUCCGCAUCUCAAGCAGUUGGCUAUGAAGGCAUUCGUGGCGUAUGUCAAAAGUAUACACAUUCAGAAGGACAAGGAAACGUUCAACCUGCAAAACUAUAAGCUUGACGAGUGGGCGACCAGUAUGGGUCUUCUGAAUGCUCCACGAAUCAAAUUCCUCAAAGCCGACCCCGAAGAACAGAAACGCAAGAAGAACGAAUCGCGGCAAGCCAGAAUUCAAAGCGAGGAUGAGGAUGAGGACUCCGAUGAUGAGGAGGAUCACAAAGCGAAGAAGAAGGAUGGCGUUCGAACCAAAUAUGAUCGCAUGUUCGAGCGGCAGAACCAGGACAUCUUGGCAGAGCAUACUCGCAAGCUUCUGCGCGACGACGACUUUGAUAUCAACAGGCUGGACGGAGAACAAUUAUCAGACGACGAUCUGUUUGCUGUCAAGAAACGUAUACCAGUAGACGCAGACGAGUCGGACGCUGCUUCUUCGACUGAUGAGGAGGAAGAGGACGUCGCGGGAGUGAGAAAGGUCAACAUUCCAGGUGCCAAGAAUCCAAUCGUACUGGACUCUAAGCGUCGUGAGAAACUUCUCAAAUCAAAGAAGAAGCUCACGAAACUCAAAGACAAGGGUCAAAAGCUGGUCUUCGAUGAUGAGGGUAAUGCUCAUCAACUCUACGAGCUUGAGAAUGAGGAAGAUUUCCGUGCCAAGGGUGAAGCCGAGGAGCAACGGAAACGCUUCUUGGAGAAGGAGGCAGAACGUGCUGCUCAGGCGGAUGUCGAGGAUAAGGCGCUUGCGAAGGAGAAGAGGAGAGCCAAGAGGGAGAAGAGGAAGGAGAAGGAGAAGGCUGCAGCGAUUGGAGCACAGAGUGAUGAUGAUGAAAGUGAUGAUGGAGGGGCUCCGCUGGAGGACGCGAGGGAUGAUUUUGCCAAAUUCCUCGGUGAUAUUCAGUCGAGCGGAGGUGAGAGCGAGGACGAAAGCGAUGCGGAAAGUGAGCGGCCGCAGAAGAAGCCUAAGUGGUUCCAAGAGAAGGGACGUCGGAAAGACCUCGAUGAUCAAGAGAUGGAGAUUGAGUCGUUCGGAGACCUGGAAGCUGCUGCUGCUGCUGCUCUUCAAGGAUGAUACUAAGAUCAGCUCGCAGAGAUACUGGGCGCCGAUUGUUCACACACACCUAAUGUAUAGACCUAGGCAGACGGCUACAGGCAAGGAGGAGAAAAGCGCUGUCAAACAGAUCUCCGAGAUCCGUUUGCAUUUUCUCCACUUUCACAACUCAGUACGAUGCUCCUUCUGCAACCUGCUCCAGUGUCAAGGACUUCCCGUACGCGAAGCACGGCCUCUCAACAAAUGCGAAUAUCAUCUCCAUGCCGCUCCAGUUCUUCUGACU